AUGACCAGUCCACAACGACGUCAGCCGCCGCACACUCCCUCGCCCAAUUAUUUUGCCUUCCACACAGAUGCCUCCUCUUUCCUCACCGAUACCCCCCACCAUGCCAAGAAUAACUGGAGUCCUCCCUCCUCAACUGUGCGCUCGACCGCCGCCAUCUCACCCAGCGUAGUCCCGCUCGACCAAUCCCCCGAAUAUGAAGCAUUUAGGAAACAGUCGGAGAGCAGCAAGACUUUCAGUCUAGGUGGUCUGAACAACUUCAAGAUGACUAUGCCUGCGUCGAGUACACCAUCUUCCCGCCCGAGCCGUGACAGGACCUCUAGUCGCUCGUCCGUGCACAAGUCCUCCAAGUCUGGCACGACACCCAGAGACAUACCCAUCGCAUCGCAUCGAAACAUGCUCGACACCUCACACGGCCUGUCUCAUUCACCCAAGCGAGUGCUGAGUCCUGGCUCGAAAACGGAAAGUAGACGCCGCGGAUCACCGCCUACCUUUGAUGGCGUGACAGGUCAAGCUCAGACGGAAUCGCCUCAGACCGAGUCGCCCAAGUCUGCAGGAUCUGAGCACCAUCGAUUCCAGUUGCCUCUCGAUAAUUUAACUGCUUCCUACAAUGCUACCAAGACACGAGCGGACACAAUACCCCUCACAUCGGACGGCGAUGAUAGAUUCAUGGUGCCGCCCCAGCAUGUCAUCAACCUCAUCAAUUCAAAGGGUGAUAAUAUAUUAUUAUUGGACCUACGUGUACAGACACAAUACGCACAUUCUCGUAUCAUGACAGCAUUGAAUUUGUGCAUACCGACCACAUUGCUGAAGCGACCGUCUUUCAACGUGCACAAGCUGGCCGACACUUUCAACGACGAAAUCCAACGAGCGCGAUUCGAAAAUUGGCGCAAGAGCAGUCACAUUAUCGUCUACGACGGCAACUCCUCAGCGUUGAAAGACGCCACCAUCUGCAUGAACACCAUCAAGAAAUUCCAAGGCGAGGGUUUUGGUGGAACACUCUUCAUCAUUCGAGGUGGAUUUAAUGAAUUUGCGAAGACCUUCCCCGCUUAUAUCGAGAGUGGUGCAGAUGCUUCGCCGGGUGGGGCAGCAAACGGCGUUGACAAUGACGGACCCAAGGUCGCACCUGUUAUAGGAGGCUGCCCGAUGCCUUCUACUGACAAGCCAGCGAAUCCAUUCUUCGGAAACAUCAGGCAAAAUAUGGAUCUCAUCGGCGGUGUCGGCCAAAUCCCCAUCAAGCACCCCAACAAGGAGACCAAGUCGGCGGAAGAAGAAUACCCACACUGGCUCAAGUCUGUUGCGGAGGAGCGAAAUCAGGGCCAGACGGUGUCGCAACGAUUCGAGCAGAUUGAAAGACGCGAAAAGAAGCGAAUGGAAGAUGCACUUUCGGGAAACGUAUCGUGGGGGACGCCGAAGCAGGAAACCGGCGGUUCUGUCCGCAUUGCUGGUCUGGAAAAGGGCAACAAGAAUCGCUACAACAACAUCUGGCCUUUCGAGCAUUCCCGCGUGAAGCUGCAAGGCGUGCCAAGCCACGGCUGUGACUACUUCAAUGCCAGCCACAUCAAGGCCGCCUGGAGCAAUAAACGAUACAUUUCGACGCAAGCACCAAUUCCCGCCACAUUCAAUGACUUCUGGGACGUCGUCUGGCAGCAAGACGUGCGCGUCAUUGUCAUGCUUACAGCAGAGAAGGAGGGCGCGCAAGUCAAGGCACACAACUACUGGGAUGAGAAGCAGUAUGGUAGUAUUCAUCUGGAAUUUCUCUCCGAAAAGCGCGCAUCGCUCGAGCCUUCACGAAUUAAGCGACAUCAGAAGCGACCUUGGGCGGUCAAGCGCCACUCCACCAACUCUUCGAACCCACAAGUGCCGCUCGCCACAAUCGACGGUAAGGAGGAGAAAGGUGGCGAUCAGCCGUAUGUGAUUGUGCGCAAGUUCUUGGUUCGCCACGACCGAUUUGCCUUUGAGCCACCGCGCGAGGUCACACAGUUGCAAUACUCCAACUGGCCAGACUUCGGCGCGCCCGCUCAUCCUGCACACUUGCUCGGACUCGUGGAGCAGACGAACGCGGUGGUACGAGCGAAUAAUAAGACAAACUCUUCCGAGCCCGAGCCACCGAACAAGCGACCGGUCCUUGUGCACUGCAGUGCUGGAUGUGGCCGGACAGGUACUUUCUGUACGGUCGAUUCGGUCAUUGAUAUGCUCAAGCGUCAGCACAUCUCGAGAAAUUCACGACAAGGCACACCGAUGGACAUUGACAAACAACCGCCACGCAAGGAGAGUGGCGGUGGCUUCUUUGCCUCUCAAUCGCAGUACCAGGAGAACAGCGAAGCCAUUGACGGUCCUUGGACGCAGAAGGACGAUCUCGACUUGGUCGAGAAGACAGUGGAAGACUUCCGACACCAGCGCAUCAGCAUGGUGCAAAGUCUGAGGCAGUACGUGCUCUGCUAUGAAAGUAUCAUGGAAUGGCUCGUGCAGGAACGGGAAUCGGCCAAGGCGGCCACGGAUUGACUUGUAUUGAAGAGGCGAAACAUAUUCUUGGAUGCGCUGGAGUCUGCUGCUGAUCAUAAACGACAGCGCAAGCGCAUGGCGUUGGAACAUUGCCGUCAAGCGACGGCGACAUGGGUUGCAUAGCAUUGGAUGAAUAUUUUGCAUGGCCUUGGGAGGGGCAUAACAUCUUGAUACAGACGAUGACAGCAGCAUAUUUUUAGAGUGUGUCAAGUCCGAGAGAAUCGCAAAUGUCAGGACCUGAGUUCGAAGCG